AUGAAUGUUGGCCGUGUCGUCUCGUCCAACUCCCGACUUGUCUGCCGCGGCUGCUCUCGCCGUCUGACGCCCGCCGUCCGUCGCGCCUACUCUGCUUCUGCGGCCCCCGCCCAGGACAUUUACGAUGUCGUGUGCGUCGGCGGCGGCCCUGCGGGCCUGAGCCUUCUCACCGCUCUUCGCGCGAACCCCGUCACCGCAAACCUCCGCGUCGCCCUCGUCGAGGCGCAGGAUCUGUCCAAGGUCGCAGCCUUUUCGCUCCCGCCGACGCAGUACUCGAACCGCUGCAGCUCGCUGACGCCCUCGUCGGCGCAAUUUCUCAAUGAGAUUGGCGCGUGGUCACACAUGCAGCGCGACCGCAUCCAGGCAUUCCAGGAGAUGCAGGUCUGGGACGGCGUCACGGGCGCCCGCAUCGAGUUUGACUGGCAGCACCGCGGCGCCGGCGCCGUCGGCGACACUCUGGCGUACAUGACGGAAAAUCUCAACACUACGUCGGGAUUGUUGAAGCGCCUGCAGGAGCUCGGCGGAGUGACGAUCCUGGACAAGUCGCGCGUGGAGGGCAUCACCUUGGGAGAGGAGUCGGAGGACCUGGACCUCAGCGGCUGGCCGGUCGUGCACCUCGCAGGCGGCAAGUCCCUCGCGGCGCGGCUGCUCGUAGGUGCGGAUGGCGCGAACAGUCCCGUACGGGCGUUUGCGGGCAUCGAGGCCCGCGGCUGGGAUUAUAACCGACACGGCGUCGUCGCCACGCUCGAGCUCGAGGGCGAGGGCUGGGGCGGCGCCCACACCAAGACGGCCUACCAGCGCUUCCUCCCGACGGGGCCUGUUGCCAUGCUGCCCAUGCCGGGCCGCUACGCGACGCUCGUCUGGUCCACGACCCCGGACAACGCCGCCAUCCUCAAGGCUCUGCCCGCGCAUGAUUUCCUCGCUCUCGUCAACGCUGCAUUCCGCCUGCCGCCUGUCGACGUGGCUUACAUGCACACACAGACGGGCGGCGGACAGCAGGAGGAGCUUGCAUGGCGCACGCAGCACACGCCGUUUGACGCGCACGCCAUCCCGCAGGCCGCCGUGGCCGUGCAGGACGGCAGCGUCGCCUCGUUCCCGCUCAAGCUGCGCCACGCCGACACCUACAUUGGCGAGCGCGUCGCGCUCGUCGGCGACGCUGCGCACACGAUCCACCCGCUCGCCGGACAGGGCCUCAACCAGGGCCAGGGUGACAUCCAGAGCCUCGCCCGCGCGAUCCAGUACGCCGUGGAACACGGCCAGGACCUCGGCACGCAAAUGGCCCUGGAGCCGUACAACAGUGAGCGCUACGCAGCCAACAACGUCGUGCUCGGCGUCUGCGACAAGCUGCACAAGCUGUACUCGGUCGAGAGCGGCCCGCUCGUGCCGCUGCGGUCGCUGGGGCUGCGCGCCGUCAACGGACUGUCGGCGCUCAAGGGAUUCUUAAUGGAUCAGGCGUCGGGGACGGGCGCCAAAGUGUUUUGA